AUGGCUAGAAAUCGUAGAAUUAUUUUAGUUGUUUCUGCAGUUAUCUUUAUUUGCGUAAUUUAUUACGCAUCGAAUGAUAAACUUCAUCGAGAAACUUCAGAUGAAACGCAUAAAUUAGUCUAUCUUGACGUAGAGGGCCGGACACUUCCCUGCAUUUCUCGUGGCAGACUCACAACUAACAGCGAUUCAGAAGCGCAAGACCAAUUUUUGUGUGGUGAAAGAUGGUCAGAUCUUCAAGAGGCUAUAACAAAAAUGGAAACAAAGCGACUGUCCGCAGAGGACGUGGGCAAAUAUCAUAUGAUGAAAGUAGCAGCAAAUAAAGAUGUAUUGCUGAAGAAACGAGUCAUUGACAUGUUUUCAAAGGAUCCUAUAGGCUAUGUCAGGAUGCGAAAUGAAAGUGAGGUGUUGGACCUCCACUGCGAUGUAUGUGCCCUCGUGUCCUCCUCGGGUCAGAUUUUGGGUUCGGGUGCCGGAGCUGAAAUCGACAACAAUACAUGUGUUAUCAGAAUGAAUACAUCCCCGACUCGUGGUUACGAACAAGAUGUUGGAACGAAGACAACUUUACGUUUGGCCAGUUUUGACAUGGUGUUGUACAGAAUGUUUGAACGACAAGGACUCAUGCAGGAUGGUGGAAUGUCAGAGACGUUGGUUCUCUGGAUUAGCAAUCACAAAACUGUACGCUCUUUGGUGAGAGGGGAAACCAUGCGGUUGAGGAGGCAAUACCCAACACUAGACCCGUAUAUAACAACAGUAAAACAAAUUGAUUAUUCCGAUCUUGUCUGGAAACUGGAAACUGGAAAAGAGAGAAAGUCAUCAGGUACAUGGCUGAGUACUGGGUGGUACACCAUGUUACUAGCGUUGAAGAUAUGUGACCGUUUAAACAUGUACGGCUUUAUUGAGUCGGAUCAUUGCUACAAAAUUCAGCCUUCGAGUUCAAAAGAUACGCUGCAACAUUACUAUGAGGUAAACGGUCCGAAAGAAUGUGACUUUUCCAGGAGCCAAGAACACGGACAACGUUAUACCCAUCGAUUUUUCACCGAAAAAUACGUGUUCAAGAAAUGGGCCAGAGUUUAUAACACAACGUUCCAUCACCCAUCCUGGGAUUUGCACCGAAAAGAUAAAAGAACACCAUUCAUGGCCCAGAAUCAUGGGAAAAAGAAACCGAUUUAG